AUGCCAUGCGCCAAGCGCUUACAGUGCGCAGCACGUGUACCUUUCUACGCCUACGCUACUGGAAAUGCAAGUACUGGAGAAACAGCUUCAUCAGCAACAACCAUGGUAUCAAGCACUACCCUGUCGCCAACAAUGCUACCAACAAAUACCACGCCAACAGCGCCAUUGGCAACAAGUGCAGAAGCAAUGAACACAUCACCUACAAUUGCACAAGUCACUAAUACUGCUGCAACAGCAACAACAACAGUUACUGGUGGUGGUGAUUCUGACACGACUACUUUACUGUCAACAACAAUGAAGAACACAUCACCUACAAUGACGCAAGCCAAUACUACUGCUGCAACAGCAACAGAUACUGGUAGUGGUGGUUCUGAAACUACUACUUUACUGCAAACAACAAUGUCACCAACAGUGAAUAGCACGUCGCCAACAACAGAGCCAGAAAUCACAGCUACUGGAAAUGCAAGUACUGGAGAAACAGCUUCAUCAGCAACAACCAUGGUAUCAAGCACUACUCUGUCGCGAAGCAUGCUACCAACAAAUACCACGCCAACUGCGGCAUUGGCAACAAGUGCAGAAGCAAAGAACACGUCACCUACAGUGGCACAAGUCACUAAUACAGCUGCAACACCAACUGCAACAGAUACUGGUAGUGAUGGUUCUGAAACUACAACUUUACUGCAAACAACAAUGUCACCAACAGUGAAUAGCACGUCGCCAACGACAGAGCCAGAAACCACAGGUACUGGGAAUUCAAGUACUGGAGAAACAGCUUCAUCAGCAACAACCAUGGUAUCAAGCACUACCCUGUCACCAAGCAUGCUACCAACAAAUACCACGCCAACUGAGGCAUUGGCAACAAGUGCAGAAGCAAAGAGCACAUCGCCUACAGUGGCACAAGCCACUACUACUGCUGCAACACUAACAGCAACAGUUACUGGUGGUGGUGAUUCUGACACAACUACUUUACUGGCAACGACAAUGAAGAACACAUCACCUACAAUGAUGCAAGCCACUACUACUGCUGCAACAGCAACUGAUACUGGUAGUGGUGGUUCUGAAACUACUACUUUACUGCAAACAACAAUGUCACCAACAGUGAAUAGCACGUCGCCAACGACAGAGCCAGAAAUCACAGCUACUGGAAAUGCAAGUACUGGAGAAACAGCUUCAUCAGCAACAACCAUGGUAUCAAGCACUACCCUGUCACCAAGCAUGCUACCAACAAAUACCACGCCAACUGCGGCAUUGGCAACAAGUGCAGAGGCAAACAGCACAUCACCUACAGUGGCACAAGCCACUACUACUGCUGCAACACCAACAGCAACAGUUACUGGUGGUGGUGAUUCUGACACAACUACUUUACUGGCAACGACAAUGAAGAACACAUCACCUACAAUGACGCAAGCCAAUACUACUGCUGCAACAGCAACAGGUUAG